AUGGCGGCUGCUCGUGUCUUCGACACACCAGAGCUUCUGGAGCAGAUUCUGCUUGAGGUCGCGGCGCAGUCACAGCAGUCCAACAGAGGACUGUGCAUUGGCCUCGGGUUGGGUGGUGUUGUGGCGCGUCAGAUUGCUUUCAAGACCAUCUGGGAAUGGACGGCGGGUAUCGCAACGACCUUGGGAGAGAUCCACGACGAGUGCUGCAGCUUCUGCGCAGCUCCAAGAGAACAGCCCGUUGAUUUCCGCGUGGCUUACCGCGAUAGAGUCCGCGCGAUCAUUAGAGUGGACGAGGAGCACUAA